GUGUUGGUGGCUCAGAUUAUAUAUACGAGAGAUUUGGGCAUUUUAGUAACAAUUAUCCUUUAAGUAAUAGCAAUUUUCAACGAGACUGUUAUGCGGAUAGAGGAACAAACAAUCAACAACAAAUAAAGACCCUGGCAAGAGUUAACUCUGUUGUGGGUUUUAGAUGCCACUGCAUUCCAAGACAUAACGAGUGCAUUCUGAAAUCACAGAUAUUGCAACCUAUGCAAACACCUGGAACGUUACCUAUGAACAAUCCGUCAGCCUCAAUAAGACCGAUUCCUCAAAAAUCUUUGGGAAAUUUUGAAUUUGAUUGUGUGUGUAAAAAGGAACUAAAUCAUAAGAAUCAACCGGGAAACUGUGUUGAUUACCGGCCUCUACAAUGUCAUCCACAUCCACCUCCUCAACAUCUUCCAUAUCCACCUCCUCAACGUCUUUCAUAUCCACCUCCUCAACAUCCUCAACCUCUUCAAUCUCCUCCGCGUUAUUCACGUCCUCCACCUCUUUCACCUGCAAUUCAGAUAAAGCAAGAAGGACAGGAAUGUAGCGAAGGUUGUAAUCGAUAUGCGCAUGACAAAAUAUUGAAAGCAGUUAAGAAACAAUAUGACGGUGAAAUUAUUUGCAUUCAUAAGCCUCCGUGUGUAUUGAUAAACGGCUGCCUAAAUUUAUCCCCAAAUGAAAUACGCAAAUUACAGUCUACGGCUGUUUAUUCUGCCGUUCAACCUACUAAAAUACCUUUAACACAUAAUAAGGCAGUAAACCCUGGAUCGAGAAAUAAUAUGAAGAUAAGCAACGUUUGCGAAAAACGUGUUGAAAAUAAAACUCCAUAUUUGCCAAGGGGUCAAAUUAGUAACAAUGUAAGGAGAACAACUCACGGUGUAAAUACUGGCACACCUUAUUACGAAACUAGUAAGUAUCAAUCAAAACUCAAAGAUAAUCCUAAACUAGUGUUCAAAACUCUGCAGAUACAAUCAAUACAAGUGGAAACGUCAACUAAUGAAAUGGAAACUGAAGAUGGCACAAAAAUAAAACCAGAUGAGGCGGACAUCCCUAAGAAUGUGAAGAGCACAGAAUCAAAAUCAGAUAUGUUAGACAUUCUUAAGAAUAUGACCCACCCCACCACACCACUUGGUGAUGUAAAUACUACUACUACUCAGAAUGAAAAGUCAAUGAUACCUGAAACUGAAAAACACUGUAUAGCAUUGACGGCAGUUAACGAAAUCAGUACCCAAGUUUUAUAUAAGAGAUGUAUUUCAAAUUUUCGACAUCAUACAGAAAGCGAUGUGUUAACAAAACGGGACAUAACUGGUCGGCAAGCACAGGAAAAGCAGCGGCAGCUAAUCUGUAGACACCAUCCCCCAUGUAUUUUGGUUCAUAAAUGCAUUGGAAAACAGUUGAAAGAUUCAAUUAUAGCAUAUGAAGAUAUUCCAGAAUGCUCGCACAAACAUUGCUGUGAACUAAUCCCCGCCUGUCUCGCAAGAAAUUUUAAAGAUGUCAGAACUGUUAGUUUACAAUGUCCUCCCAAUACUUGUCAAAUUGUCUAGGAUUUUGAACACAGCUCCUAAAAUUUUUGAACAAGUAAAUGUCAAAAUUGUUAAAAGUAUUUACGUAACGUGUUGUUAGUUAUGGAAGUUUAUGUAAAAAUAAAUUGAACGAUGAAGAAAAUCAAGAGUAUCGUUUAACAUCCUAACUGGCGUCUCUGAAUCUUAUCUUCAACAAAUGUGUGUUUAUCUAAAGGCUGCGUGUAAUAAUAGUAUCGAUAAUACACGUAAAUCUAGCACUUUGCUUACUGAAGUUGAUUUCAAGUAAGAAGCUGAAGUUACCGUC